AUGAAAACUUCAUCGAAGAGACUCCAAGCUGUGCAGGUUUUCCGAGAUCAAGCCGACGGUGAAGACCUGCGACUCCUCGCAGCAGAAUGCCUGGGAGUAAGUCGCGGUCGGGAGGACCCCGCCUCACGGUCCGUCGUGGAAGGCUUUUGCAAGGCCUUUCAGGAAAUUUCUGAGGGAAGGUGGGCAAAAGGCCCCGAAGCCUUCAACACCUUCCAUCUUCGUGACUUCCAUCACUGCCUGCGCUACCUGCGACGACGGGGCCUCGUGCAAAAUGGGUCCGUGUCGGGGCAGAGCGUCCUCUGCGCUCUGGAGAGGAAUUUUGGAGGAUUGAAGAGAGAGCAGUUUGUGGAGCUUUGCAAAGUCUUUUUCAGGCAUCUGCAGACAGAGACCGGAGGUAGAAUCUCAGAGUUCCAGAGUAACUGGCUUCGGACCACGCUGGAAGUGCUGCAAGAGGCCCUAGAGGACAUCCCGGUGUCAGACCUUCAGGAUGCCAAUUAUGAGCCUUGUCGCUACAAGCUCAUCAUCGAUGAGACAGAGGAUGGCGGUGCUGUGCGCAUUCUGCAAUCAGCAGGCAUCUUCCCGCUUGACAUCCCUGUGCUGGAGGUCAGUGACUUGCCUGGGGACCACAGCGAUUUGCAUCGAAGCCAAGUCAUCAGCGACAUCCGAAGAGCAGCUGAGCGCCCAGACUUGCGCGUCAUGGUUGACUUCGACGAGAUCCUGGACGGCUUCUACGACCUUUUGAAUCUCCGCUUCCAGCGCAUUCAAGCCGACAGCCGCGUCAGCUUUGCAGCAACGGUUGCUGCAGGUAGCUACUCCGUGCUCGCCCCUGUGGAUCCUCGCUUCCAACUCGUGGUUUGCAUAAAGGCUUCGGAUCUUGCACAAACACCCCUUCCGUUCUUGAACCGGUUUGAGAAGUUCUACGUGGGCCCGGAGGACUUGUCGAUGCACACGGCCCGUUGGUUCUGCAAUCAGCUCAGUCAGAGCUUCCUCCGAGAUUACCUGCUGCAACCCGUGCGCCUGCGUCUGCAAGCUUUGGUUCAGCUGCUCGGCCCCGCAAGUCUCAUUGGUUAUGAUGAUGCCACUAUGGAGACCGCCAUCAACGAAGCCUUGCAGGCUGCCAGGGGAACAACGGCCCUGAAGUUCUUGUCAUCCGGGUGGGAGGAGAGCCCUGCGGAAGACACGGCAGAGAGCAUUGAGGCAGCAGAGUGGCCUGGCGACAUUGGCCCAGGGCAACGGCAACAAGGCACAUGGGAGGACCUUGAUCCAGUGUGCUUUGGGCACGAAAAUGCAGGAAACACUUGCUUUCUUCAGGCUUGCCUGACCAUCCUGUGUGUGCACGAGAAGCACCUACUGCCCCUGGAGCACGAUGCAGAACCGCUCUUCCUCAGCGAUCUCCGCCACAUUCUGAAGAAGUCGCGCCGUGAGCGGGUGCCGCGCGAGGAUGUCUGGUCCUUGGCACAGAAGCUUGCGCGUGCCAAAAUCAUUCAACAAGGCCAGCAGGAAGAUGCAGUGGGGGUGUUCGAGGCUUUGCUCGACGAGUGCAAAAGCCCAAAGCUGGAGUUGCCCACAAUGACGUGCGCCAAGGAGUCUGACUGUCUACAAUACAAGUACCCAUGCAGCAAAGUCUUUGUUUGCAGCGACCUGAACGAGUGGGUGUUGCGGACAGCCAUGGGUGCCGACAAGAGUUUUGAUACCUUGUUGCAGGAGAUCGUGAUGGAGACUGUCAGCGACUGCAAAGUCGAGAUUGUAGAGGAGGGCGAGACGAAGGAGAUGAAGGUUGCGACCGCUUUGCGUGGGAGGCGCCGGCUGCUCAGUAAGGCGCCCCCGAGCAUCUUGCCCAUCUGCUUUGGGCGCUGGGACGCUGAGAGGCAGAAGAGCGACAUGAGCCUUUCUGUGCCUAUGGAAGGUCUGAUCCUACCCCUCGUGCCUCCAUCACAGGAGACUUUGGCGCUUUCACAUGUGGAACGCUGGUGCUAUCAGUUGACCUCUUUCAUUGUUCACACGGGUAGUUUAGACCACGGGCACUACGUGGCCUACUUCAAAACCAGAGGAGGGUGGCAAGCUGUGGACAACGACCGAUGCUCCCACAUCAUGUCGGAAGAAGCUAAGUACCAAGCUGGGAAGGCGUACCUGCUGGUCUACAGGCCGGACAUUCCACACUGA